AUGAUCGACCUCCUGGAAGUGAAAAGACGCUACGAAGCCGUGCUGGCAGUUGAAGAUAGCAGAGACAAAAUUCUUCAGAAUCUCUUUGCCCAGGUCGAAAGUCUACAGAGGGCUCUUCAAAACACACUUGGUGAUGCCAAGUUCCAGGAAUUUAAGAAGUACAAAACAGAGUAUGAUGACUUACGGCUUGACCAGUCCAAGUUAAGUUUUGUUUCUGUGCUUGUCGACGGUGACUGUAUGAAUUUCAACGAUGCUCUCAUUCGACAAGGCUACAAUGGCGGACGCAAAGCUGCCAUGCUUCUCCGAAAGUCCGUCGAGCGUCACAUUCGUGAUAUCGAUCCACAGGCCAGCCCAAACAUCCAGUACCGUAUUCGGGUGUACGCCAACGUUCCGGGCUUGAUGAAAACGUACCGGGAAGCGCACAUCUUGCGUUCCAAUGAAGCGCUGGAUCCAUUCAUUCGGGGAUUCAAUAUGGAGAAUAGCCUGUGCGAUUUCAUCGAUGCAGGAAAUGGCAAGGAAUGCUCUGAUGUCAAGAUACGGGCAACAUUCGAACAAGACAUCCUAGACGUCCACUGCCGUCGCAUCAUCUUCUGUGGCUCGACUGACAAUGGCUACGCACGCAUCCUCGGUUCCCACCAAGGAUCCAACCGCAUCUCCCUCGUCCAGGGAGCACCCUUCGCAUGGGAAAUGGAGCAGCUAGCAAGCGAGUUCCAAACCACCUCCUUCCCCGAGGUCUUCCGAUCCACGAAGCUACCCUCGCGAGCGUCAUCCUUCAGCGCAUUCAAAACCGCAUCCGCCAACUCGUCACCCAGCAGCUCUCCAACUAACCUCAGCACGCCAUCAACGCCAAAAGGCAACUACGCCACGAUUGCCAAGUCGAACCUCCAAGCGACAUCCCCCACCAGAACAAACGGAUCUAAGAGAUCCAAAAUCUCAUCCAGCUUAACAGCCAGAGCCAACGGGUUGACCCGCCACCUCGGGCCAGCAGCAGAGAGAACUUCGAAAGAUUACGAAGAUCGAAGUACUGCAGUAGAUAUCAUAUCCUGGGAGAGUGUCCCCUUGGCGAUGAGUGCGGGCACAGACACGGACGCCGACUCGGAUCCAGGGAUGUUCAUGACCUCUGGUGCGUUACGCGAACGUGCGUCUGCCCGAAUGACAUCUGGUGCACGGAUCCCAAGUGUAUCUGUGGACAUCAGUGUCCGUGGGAGAAUCAACAGGGACAUUGUAGUGCAGACUGCAAGUUUCCCGAGUCUAUGCAUGGGGUUGAUAAGUCGGUUGCGGUGA